GCUACAAUAACAUCCAUCACACCGUCUCAACCAACACACAAAUAUCAGAUAUCUCCAGCUCCAUAUCCAUCAACUUAACCACCGAUCAUACAACUCAUUUUUACAUAAAGCUACUCAAUCUUCUCACCUCCAAGACUUUUCCACUGAGUCUUCAAUUUCCAACGCUUACGAGCAAAUCACCAACACAAAACUUACCACCACCUAAAUCGCAUUCAUGAGCCCCUCUACCAUGCCCGCUCGCCAGGACGCCUACUCCGUCUCCAUCCCCGUCUCCCCCCCUCCUCCAUCAGACAUUUCUACCUACAUGCGCUCGAUGCACCAGCACACCAAGCGCCAGAUGGAGGCUGCUAACCGCUCAUCAUCGCGGAGAUCGGGUGGUCGCACGAGCUACCCCCACAACGGCCACCAUUCGUCGUCGAGUCCCGACUACAGCUCGUAAAAUAAGUCUGCGAAUGUCAGAUCUUGAAGAAAUCAACUUUAAUCAUCGACUCCCUUCCUGAUUAAAAGCGUCAACGGUUCCCAUUCCCUUGAUGGUCGACAACUUUUCACAGCCACCUGGGGAACGAUGGUUCAAACGACAUCAUCAACUUCCAACGCAUGCACACACAAUGCGCGCCAUGGGUACAAUUAACCAUGGCAAAUUUCGGCGAUAUAUAUGCAUGAUAUGGCGCGAAUUCUCUUGUAAAUUUGGGCGUAUUUGGAUCUUUUAUUUUAUUUUGUGGGCAUUGGUCUGCAAGGCGUUCGAGGCUUA